AGACGUGCAACUGACCCCGUCACGUGUUAAAGCGCGAGGGCCAUAUCUAAACUCUUUGGCAUAUCAUGUAAGCGAAUACCGUGUUCACUUCGGGAGACGCAUAUCACAAUUUGAAACAAAUACCAUUAUCAGGAGUCGAUAAAGAGAAGAAUCAAAACCUAAACAUGAUGUCUGAGGCGUGUUGUUUUGUUAAAAUGCUUUUUCGUCGAGUGCAAUUACGUCGUCGUCGCUUCGCUUCUAUAUUACUCAUCGUUUCCAGUGGAAUUGUGUUUGUAUUAUAUUUUGAGGCCUAUGGCUUUUUUUUCGGUUCCUCUCAAUCCACGUUUCCGAAGACUCGAGUGAAAUUUGUGAAACACGUUGGAAACUCUAGUUCUGCUUGUCGUCUGCCGAAUUUGGAUCCAUUCCACCCCAGCUUGAUGAAAUUUAUGAAAGAUCUUGGCAAGCUUCAGUGUAGUGGAGAGAGACAUUCGAACUUCAGAGAUAACGUCUUGGAAGUGAAAGGAGAAGGAUUAUCCUCUGUGCGAUACAGUGUGAUCGGACGACCACGCGGAGAUGAUUUCCACGCUAAACUAUCCGAUCCCAUCCAUUUGGUGAACGAGGCGCUUCCAGAGCAGAAGCAACGAAAGGCAAAUCUGUGGUCGAGGUUCAAAUCAUGGCUUCCAUUCUCAGGUAAUUCCAGGGCGUUUGUCGGAAAAGCAACAGUUAAAACUGACUUUGUGCGAGUGGAUGCGGGCAGAACUUGGGGAAGAACUCAAACGGACAUGCUCUUGCAAGUGUCUCCUAAAGAGGAAGUUUUAUCAAGGCCUCUGAAGCCUGGUGGUAUUCCGCUCGAUGUCGCUCUGAUUAUGUUGGACUCCGUUUCUGAUGCUCACUUCAGAAGGAAAAUGCCUAACACUUUGAAGUAUUUGAUCGAACACCAGACCACAGUUUUUCUACAAGGCGAGACAAUUGUUGGGGAUGGAACAACAGCCGCAAUGUCGGCUAUGCUCACCGGGAUAGCUGAAAAGAUGCAACCUGAAGCAAGAAGGAGUGAGCCUAAUGCUGAGCCGGUGGACAAGUGGAGGUGGAUUUUUAAAGAUUUCAAAGAAAAGGGAUACGCCACUUUAUUCUCAGAGGACGAUGCAAAGUUUGGCUCGUUUUCCUACCGUCUACACGGGUUUAAAGAGCCACCCUCAGAUCAUUAUAGCAGACCGUUUUGGUUAGAGGCCUUAAAAAUUAAAGAUGAUUAUUGUUUAGGUAGCCAAGCUGUUCAUAACAUCUCACUAGAGUAUCUUUUAAGCUUUUAUCGUGGAUACAAAGAAAAACGGAAGUUUGCUAUAAUAGCAAUCAACAUAUGUCAUGACGAUCAGAAUGCCUUAGGUUAUGCUGACGAAGACUUAAAGAGCUUUAUAAAAAAGUUUGACGAAGAGUCCUUCUUGAAAAACACUCUUUUAGUUAUAUUUGGUGAUCAUGGAGCUCGAUUCUCUGUCCAAAGAAAGACAAUCCAAGGGAAGCUAGAAGAGAGACUUCCUUAUCUGUCACUUACAGCUCCGAAGUGGUUCACAGAGAAGUACCCAGAUUUAUACACCAAUUUGAUCCAUAAUUCUAAAGUACUAACCACACCCUUUGACGUGUACGCAACCCUGCGUCACAUCCUUUCGUAUCCAAGUUAUCCGAGCGGGAUAACAACUGGUCAAAGCCUGCUUAACAGGAUUGACAAAGAGAAUCGCACAUGCGAAAAUGCUGGUGUUGAGGAACAUUGGUGUCCAUGUCUUAACUUUGAAGAAAUUUCGAUCGAUGACCCUUGGAUAGAGAAGUCUGCUGAAUUUAUAAUUAGCUAUAUCAACAAUUUGAUGUUUCAGAAGCACUCCGGAUUGAGAAAACUGUGCCACCAACUUGUUCUAAAAGAAAUAACGCACGGUUAUCGUGACAUGCCAAGCGGGAAAGUGCAGUUCUUGAAGAAGACACAUCGCGACGAGAAAUGUGAUUCUUGUGGGUUGUCGUACGGUAAGAAAUCAGUUAAUACCCUGGCACAGAACACAAUGUAUCACCUACAACUGGAAACAUCGCCAAAUGAUGCAUUUUAUGAAGCAACGGUUAAAAUGAAGGAGGGCGAGCCAUCACUUGUAGGAGACAUUAGUCGUAUCGAUGCUUAUAGUGAUCAGCCGCAUUGUAUCAUGGACAGAUUUCCGCUUUUACGGAAGUAUUGUUAUUGCUUGCGACAGCGGUCGAGAUGAUUAAAUUUGCAAUGAGACAGAGACCUGUUUCAAUGAAUGUUCAACGCCUUUUUAUUCGAGUUCAGGUUAUUUAAACCCAUGGUGAAUACCUACAAAGAGUUUUAAAGAAAUAAUCUUCACUUGAACUCCGGUUUGGGUUUCAGUCGACGAUAACUGAAGCACGACAAAUGGGUAGUAAGAAUGAGCAUGGAAAAAAGAUAACAAGUAACUUGGAGUCUUGUGAAAAAAAGCGCUUAAUCGAAGUAGGCUAUUGGUAACUGGUUUAGAAGUAGUUAAUAACGUUUGUUUAAAAAAAUAACAAAAGAAAAGAAAACAAAGAAAAGGGGACUAAAAUUAUUGAAGGGGAACAGAAGAUCACUUUUAUAAUAAUAUCAAUAGCGAUUUCGUAAAACUUUUGACAAUAAAAAUGAACUGUAAAAUACGACGUUUCGACCAAAUUUUUUUUAUUAUUUUUUUUUAAUGAGCUUCUAAUUAUUUCUUCUCUUUGUAUGUUCUUACUUUCCGUUUACACUUCUAAAAAAUUUUAUGCUUCUUACACGCAUAUAUAAAUCCAUCGUGACAUUCUUACUAUUCACUUGAAUGGUAAUGACCGAAGUUUGGUCGAAACGUCGUCUUUUAUCGUUCACUUUUAUUGUCAAAAGUUAUAAUAAUAUAGUACAUUUAAUAAGAAACUUCUUUAAUAGUGAAAUAACGGGAAUUAUUCAUCAGCCGCUGGUAGGAUUUAGCGUCUAUUCAAACCGUAAACUAGUCUAGCUCUACAUUCAUAGGAGACUUUUAAUCCACAGCUUAUUUUUUUAAAACGCUCUCUGGCUACUGUUAACUGUCAAACAUUGACUGGUAAACUUUCUACCAAACGUUUUGGAUUAAAGUUGCAAUAAAAGGAGACAAGAUGAUCCCUGCCUCACACUGCACGGUUUUUUUUAAUCUAAAUGUGCGGAGAAAUUAGAGACCGAACGCACUUAGUUGUUAGUGCUAAAUACAAAACCUUAGUUGUGAAAGCCAGUGCGAAAAAUCAGUUCGCAUCAUAGGCUUUGCCGGCACUGUUACCUUGUGUUUCCUCGGCCUUAAAAAUCAGCAUGACUGUGUAGCUCUGUUAAUGAAUUGAGCUGUUUAUAAUGAACAAUUUUUAGGUCUUUUUAUUGUGUGACGAGCGCCAUCAGUACUUUUACUACUGUCACAUGUAACCCUCUUUAACUAAAGUCUUGACUUACUAAAGUACUUACGGGUUAUUUUUACAGCCAUUUCGUUUAGUUUUAGAAAAAAUGAAAAUGUUUUAAAUAACUAGCGGCCUAGGUCGGUCAGCAUUGGGAAAAACUGUGCCCUAGGUCCUGGAUACUGCCCUCGGCUUACGGCCUUAGACGGCAUUCAAGCUCUCGAGCACAUGUCGUUUUUCAGGAUACAGACCUCCCUACUGGUAAAUGAUUAAAUUCUGAUCGAUGGUU